AUGGAGUUUGUUCAUAUUUCUAACGAUGUGAGUUCUGGAAUGCUCCAGAGCGUUCGUGCUCCGCGUUUGUCCGUCUUACAUGUGGCUCGUCCACUGACACCUGUAAAAAACAGGCGUGAGUCCACCGUUAGUCUUCUUUGGGUUUUUCAGCGCGUGAUAUGCGUUCAGCGAGGAGAAUUAUUACCAGCAGCUGGAUUCAGUAUUGAGAAUGUCGCGGAAGACUGUGAUGACUAUAAAGAGGAGGCAAAAAGCAAUAUUGAAAAGGGGGACAGUGGUAAGUGUGUGGAGGAUAAAAUUCGGAUGGAUUCAAAUAAGUGUGUUGAUGAUUUGGAAGAGGGAGUAAAAGUAGCUGGUUUAAGAGCUGUAUUUGAGACGGAUUGGUUUUUACAUUUGGAGGGGAAGAACAUGAAGACGCUUAAGUUACAAAACAUUGAAGAUAAAUCUUACAGAAACCUGGAUGAAGUGGGUUUGGUAGUGGUGGGUUUGUGCUUUGUGUUGGUGGUGGUGGUGGUUAUGAAAUGGAAUGGUGCUGCAACUCCAAUGGAGGAUGCCGGAGUAGUUGAUGCAGCUCCAAAUUUAUGUGAGGCUACGAUCAUACUUGACAAGAGCACAAGAUGGGAUACAUAUCAUAUUACCCUCAGGGAUUUCCUUGCAAAUUUUGACUGCUCAGGAAAAUUAUCCAUCUAUCCUUUUGGUUUUGAGGAUAUCCUCUUUUCAGAAGAUACGAGGCAGACCUGUUUUGCACCAUUGCCUAGUCUCAAGCAUUUGGACAUGAAGAUAAUAGACCGGAAAAGUUCCGCAAUGGCAGUGACAAAUUGUUACACGAGGGACUCGUUGAAUUGGAUGGCACCAUCUCUGGAAAUUCUAUCUAUAAACAAGAUAAACAAGAAAUGGAGUAAAAAUUUCAACAGAGAUUAAUUCCUGGUACACUUUCAUC